AUGUCAGAAGUUGUAUCCAAGCCCGAAUCAAGGAGCCAUAGCAGUGCUGCGGGUGGUUCUCGGCAUUCUGCACAAGAAGCACUGCAAAAGUCUUUAAACGCCGUGAAAGUUUCAAGAAGAGAUGCUAGGAAGGUGGAGCGAGCACUAGAGGCGGAAUCAUUUCAUAAAUGGCACGAAGGCUGUGAAGUUAUGCAAAGUCGUGGUGUACCAAUGGCAAAUAUUUCACAGUUUCUUGAUCAUCUCGAGGCGAGUUAUGAAGGGAUCGACAUGAAAACGAGACAAAAGAUGGAUGGAAUCCUUUACGGUGACACCUGGGAGUACAAAAUAAUAGAGUGGAAAUACAACUGCAAUGCCGAUUCCUCAGCUCGUUAUGGAAUGAUAGCAUUUGGAAAAUCCCCGGAUAAGGAAUUCGUCGAUUGCAUGUAUGUCCUCUACAAAUUGGACAUCGAGAUCAGCUCAGGAGCAAUGCUUACUAGGAGGAACAAUGGAACAAUACUGGGAGCAUUGGCGUAUACCCCGGUUCCUGGACCAAUGUCAUCAAUAUCUGUGAAGAAUUUCCAGAACUUUUUCAGAUAUAAAGCUCUCCAAGGAUUCUACAAGGAAGGAUUAAUAGACCAUAUCAAUGAUGUUCCAAGCAUUGAGGACACAAAUUAGUUUUUCGAGAUAUAAUACAUUAAUCACAGCACAGUUAAGGUUAUAAAUGGAAAUAUCGGCAAUUUUUUAAGAUAAAGAAUACAAACUUUAUUAGGAUGGGCGAUUCUUUUUAGGACUGAAAAAAAUGAAAUGUCCAAAUUUACAUGUCGAGGACAUUUAAAUUUUUUUUAAUUAGAAUUGUCACGUGAUGUCAAAGUCACAUGAUUUUAGCAAUUAUACUUGCAGAUUAGAGGUCAUCUAUCAAUUCCAAUAGUGCAAGGGCAUAACCAAGUUAAAAAUCUUAGCUCAAUUAAUAAUCCUUUUCAACACUUUAUGUACUUUGUAAUAACUGCUGCAAACCUAUAUAGAUUCCCUUUUUUACUUGCUAAAAUUUAAUUUCUUGGACGGCAGGUUCAAUAUAUUACUGGUGAACUACAGUAAAUAUAGCUUUAAUUGAUUUAUUUUCAAAAUCUUAUGAGGUUCGCAGCACUUUUCAAAUAGCUUAAUGUCUCUUGAGUAUGUGUAAAAACUUUGCAAGAUACGUAUGCCCUUGCAAUAGAUCGAUUUAUUAGGGCUCUUCUGUUACUCUUUCAAUGAAUCUUCAUACAAACACACGAGAAUAUCACUUGUCUGAAAAAUAUAUGGACAGUUUAUAAAUAAAAUUGUUAAAUAGACAUCGCAUUCAAGUUAACAGCGUUUUGUUUAACUGCAAAAUAAUUCUAUUUGAGAACAGAGGACAUUUUUCAUUGUACAAAAUGUGAAUUGAUAAGCCUCUGACUGUGUACAAACUGCGAAAUUUUUGUGAGAUGUCGUCACAUUGACAAGUGCAUUGCGAUCGAUGCAUCGUUUAUAUACUGUUGUGUAGGAUUUAACAAACGACAAAUUUCCAUGUUAUAGUAAGAUUUUAUAUAAGUUAAGUAUAUAGCUAUCCAGCAGUUUGAAAUAGCAUAUAAUUGUUAUUUUGUGGUAUGUUGAAGACAUUAUAUUUUGUGUGACGUCAUAGUAAAUAUUUCCGGUACAAAUUAGGACCCACCUCCAUACUGUAACCUUAAGUGUGCUACAAUUUGCAAGCUGCUUUCCUAAAUGGUGAUCAAGAAUGCAUUCAUUUCUUUAUAUUCUAACAUUUAAGUAUAUAAUAACGAAACAACGAUUUUUUUUUAUUAUGACUUUUUAAUGUUCAGAUAUUAUUGACUGUAGAGUAUCAAUGAUUUUUCUUCCAUAUAUUCAAAUAU